AUGUUAUCCGAGUCAUCCAAAUUGUUUGAUCCGCUGGGUCUCGUUGCGCCUGUUGUUGUCGUCGCCAAGCUGAUAUUAAAACGAAUUUGGAGUUCUGGAUCAAACUGGGAUGAUCCACUUGAGCCUGAUAUUGAGCGUGAUUGGCUGAUUUAUCGCAACGAAUUACAAUCACUUAACGUUUCUAUUCCUCGAUUAGUUGUCACGAGUUCGAUCAUAGAAUUACAUGGUUUUUGUGACGCCUCAACAAAGGCCUACGGAGCUUGCGUUUAUAUUCGAGCUGUUCAUCCAAAUGGCUCCGUUGACAUGAGGUUACUAUGCGCCAAAACCAGAGUCGCACCUACCAAUUGCGAAAAUGUGCCACGUUUAGAGCUACUUGGAGCUCUCCUACUCGCCAAGCUAGUGUCUAAUAUUUCCAUACCUGUGUCCAACAAGUGCCUAUGGUCCGAUAGCACCAUCGUCUUAGCAUGGCUAGCCAAGGCGCCAUCCUUUUGGAAGCAGUUCGUUGCCAAUCGAGUCCAAGAAAUUCAGCAGCUGUCGCCUACUUCCUGCUGGAGAUACGUUAAAUCUGCUGAGAACCCUGCUGACAUAGCCUCUCGUGGUGUUUUGCCGAGUCAAAUUUCUGGGCUCAAUUUGUGGUGGAAUGGCCCAUCAUUCCUGCACCAACCCUUCAAUAUGCCGAGUUCUACUGAGUAUUCAUCAGCCAAGAAAAUCAUCCGAAUAAUCGCCUAUUGUGUACGUUUUGCUCGUAAUCUUCGUGUUUCUGCCAAUCUCCGUUGCAAAGCCCCAGUCCUCAGUGUUGAUGAGUUCAAUUGUGCUCAACUUGUUGUUGCCAAAACUGUGCAAGCUGAUGAAUUUUUUGACGACUUGAAAAAAUUGAAAACCAAGGGCAAAGUAGGGAAACGCAGUUCUCUUCUACCCUACAGCCCAAAGUUGGACAGUCAUGGAGUCUUACGUGUUGGCGGUCGUCUAAAAAAUGCUCGAAUUGUUUUGGGGCACAAUUGUCCUAUACUGCUACCUGCUCGUCAUCCAUUUUCGCUCAAAGUUGCUCGAGAAACUCAUUUAAACGAACUUCACGCACCUACAAACCUUCUCAUCUCAACAAUUCGUAACGAAUAUUGGAUAAUCGCCUUAAAAUCGCUAGCUCGAGGUAUUGUUCGCGAUUGCCCUAGGUGCAGACGAACAAACAGAAAAGCAUGUCAGCAAAUCAUGGGAAAUCUCCCUGAUGUACGAGUCAAUGUCCCAGAGUUUCCAUUCCUGCACGUUGGUUUAGAUUUUGCUGGGCCAAUCACAGUCAAGCUAGGAGCGCCACGUUCAAAGGUCACUGGCAAGGCCUACAUAUGCCUAUUUAUUUGCCUAGCCACCAAAGCUGUUCAUAUCGACGUGUCUAUGAGCCUGAGCACCGAGUCAUUCAUCGCAGCUUUGGAGAGAUUUGUUUCUCGACGUGGUAAACCUGAAUCCAUCUAUUCGGAUAAUGGCACCAAUUUCAAAGGAGCUGCUAACCAGCUUGAGAAAUUGUGCACCAACAAUGAUGUCCAGAAUAGUCUCACUGAAAAGCGUAUUCAGUGGCAUUUUAUUCCACCCAGCUCACCUCAUUUUGGGGGUAUUUGGGAGGCUGCGAUAAAAUCCACUAAAACUCAUCUCAAGAGAGUCAUGGGAGAAGCUGUGCUCAGUCAAGAGCAACUUUUCACCAUACUGGCAAAAAUCGAAGCUUGUCUUAAUUCGCGCCCUUUAUAUGAGCCAAGUGACGACGUUCAUGAUGGACCUCCACUGACGCCAGGUCAUUUUCUCAUCGGUCGUCCACUUAACUCCAUACCGCAACCUUCUCUUUCGUCCGUGAUCGAUAACCGCAAUAAAUUCGAACAGAUUCGCCGAAUUGUCAAGUCCUUCUGGGAAAAAUGGUGUAAAGAGUACCUACACUCCUUACAACAACGCUCUAAAUGGAGAAACGAAACAGUCGAAAUAGCUGUUGGAGACAUAGUCGUGAUAAAGGAGGUCGACGAAGCCCCUGGGAAAUGGAAAAUGGGCAAGGUGGAAGCCACAUUUCCCGGAUCCGACAAUCAUAUUCGAGUAGUCGAUGUACGCACUGAAAAUGGCGUUCUCCGACGCCCUAUUACGAAACUCAUAGUUCUAGUGUCGAAAAAUUGA